CAUUAGUUGCAGCUAGUGUAUAGUUUACGUCACUGCUUACUAUUUUUAAGUGUAUUCCAUACAGUUCCCAAUUUUUAUGUAUUUUUCCUACCUUCCAGGCAGCCAUUCAUUUGUUUAGGAUAUGAAAUCAAUUGCCAGACUCCCCAAACUCGAUUUAGUUGUGUAAUCCAACACUCUCCAUUAAUUACUUUUUUUUUUAAUGACAAAACAAAUGUGGAAAAGAUGUUGGCUGAGGUGGGUUGCAAAUCUCAGGAGAGUUUCAAGAGCCAUUUUCAAAUAUAUUUCUAUUGAGCAGCUCACUUCACAUAAAGAUGCAAAUAAAAUUGAUCAGUUGAUCUGCAAUCAUUUUGAGAAUCAGUUAAUCGUUUAAGUAAUUUUUAAAACAAAAAUGCCAAACAUUCACUAAUAUCAGCUUCUCAUUUGUGAUGAUUUCCUUCUUUUCUUGGUCUUGGAUUUUUGGUCAUAAUAAUAAGAUAUCAAGAGGACGUCCCUUUGGGCACUAGGAAAUUGAAGUUGGAGGCAUUUGUCACAUUUUAUAGACCAUAUGAUUAAUGUAUUAAUGGAGAAAAUAAUUGGCAAAUUAAUCGAUAAUGAAAAUAAUUGCUAGUUGCAACCAUAAAUUGAUAUGGUUGUUGCUUAGUUUGAUUAUCAUAUUAAACCAAAGAAUGUGUUAUUGGCAUUCAAACGGUAAGUGAAAAACAUAGGAACGAUCAACAAAUUGAGAAGAAAAGGCAAAGUAGAGCCCAGAUAAACCCACUCUGACACCCUAUUCCAUGUUUCCAGAGCCAGUCAAUUGAUUUUCAUAUUGUACUGAAACAACUGUAAGUCAGUGGCUGGGUGGAAGGUCAGAAAAGUAUAUUAAAACAACAGCACAGUGUAAAAAAUGGUUAAGAGCAGAGUACGUGGUUUGUCCCUAAUGGUCUAAAACACGCAUAAUGACUGGUAUGUAUGGUAACAGGUAGUCAUAGAGUGGGCGAGAUUUUUAAAGUAUAUACCACUUUAGCUCUUUUCAACCACUUUCAGUGGCAACAUUGUGGACUUGUCAAUGUGAGUCAGUGUGGGUCCCACUGGCCCCCAUAUCAGCAAUCCUCUGUGAGUCAGUGACCCCAUUUCACUCAAGGCAGGAAAAUUAAUAACAGGGAGCAGCUGCCUCAUGGGAACUGCAAGGGACUGGCAGUCACAAGCACACAUAAGUGUUGGGCCACGUUGGGUCACAGAAAACAUUCAGAUGCUUAUGUUCUGACUUUGCAACUGCACACAUUAGUCCCUGCAAGUCCUACUAGUUUCUUGCAAAAAAUGAAACGGGAGUCGUGUUUAAAUUGGACGUACUGUAUGCGCAGGAAUACACCUCUGAAAAAUUUUGAUUGGCAGAUUUGGUAUUUGACAGGUUGAGAUCACUCAUUCGUGAUUAUUCAAGUAAAAAUAAAUGUCUAAUAUUUUAAGGCUGCAACCAAUGUUUAUUUUCAUUUUUGGUUAAAAUCUGAAUCAUUAUAAUUAGUUAACAGUCCCUAUCACAGUUUUUAUUACCCCGUGAGACAAAGAAAAAGCAGUGAACAAUCACAUCUGAGAAGCUGGAACAAGGUAACAUUUGGCAUUUUUUGUUUGAAAAAUAACUCGAAUGAUUAAUCGACUCACAAAAUAGUUAUUUUUUUGGUAAAUCUAUUCAUUAGUUAAUCAUCUAGUAAUUUCAUCCCUGUAAAAUUUUAUUGCAAGAAUGCAGCUUUCAUUAUAUUCGUUAACUGCACUUUUAUCAUUUCAUUAUGUAAUAUCAAAAUCAGAUCUUGUAUGUAUUUCUUCAGGCUCUUGCAUUAAGUUCUCAGGAGAUAUGCAUCUUAUUAGGGCUGCAACUAUUGAUUAUUUUCAUCAUUGAUUAAUGGGUUAAUUAUUAUUUUUGUUUUUACAAUAAAGCAAAUAAUCACUUAGGCUAUUAACUGUUAGAAAUCAGUGCAAAAUUUAAUUUAUCAGUUUCCCAGUUUCUCACAUUUUUUAGGGGCAAAAAAACAGAAUAUUUUGCAUUUUUACUUGAAAAAUGCAAAACCAUUAAGUAUUUAAAAACUUUCUGAUGAUUGAUUUUAUGUUGACUAAAAACACAUCUAUUUGUUAUUUUCACGCUUAAACUGUAGUUCAAUGUUUCAUUGCUUGUGCAUUGGUUUAGGGAAUUUCACAACACUCUGGUUUAUGAAACCUCAAAUUAAAUCAAAAUGCGAGUUCAAGCUAAAACCCUGUGUGCUUUUCUUAAACAGAAAAGAGAUCAUACUUGGAAGAUGUGAGUGUGUUAUACAUGAACAAUGAAAUGGAUGUAUAUUACAUACUGUUUGGUGUGCUUCGGUGUCAGCUGCAGGCAAUGACAGACUUCUGAGAACGAUUUGUUGUAGUUUGUGUAGUUAGACCUCUCAGGCCAAGGUGACUUCACACGCUCACUUUGCUCUCUUUCCCUCCCUAGCCUGCCGUUUUUCUCUUCAUGAAAAGCACUUUUAAAAGCAGGUUGCCAUGGAUACUGCAAUCUCCCUAACAGCUUCCAGUACCCGAGAAUAUGAACCAUUUCAUAAUUAAUCUGUCAUUUACUCGCCCAUCCAUCCAUGUUUUUUUUCCUUUCCAAUGAACCAUGCGCACAUGUACUUGGAAAUAUUUGUGCAAUUGAAAAAAUACAGUAUAUGUGGAUAAAGAACAGUUAUUCGUUUUGGUGUGUUGAACAUGUAAAGCUUGUUCAACUCAGAAUAUGUCAUUUUUUUCAGCAUCGCUGCAUGGGACUUGUUUGUGUAAUGAUGUGCAGUAUAUUGUCAUAUCCUUGUAACAUUGACCGCCGAAAAAUUAUGAAAUUUGAGCUGUUGUCACCAUCAUAACUACAAUACAUGAUCCUGGCCACCAUCACCGCCAACUGUGUCGUCCUGGCCUUGGAGCAGCACCUCCCAGGAGAGGAUAAGACCCCCAUGGCAAAGAGACUGGAGAAGACAGAGCCAUACUUUAUUGGGAUCUUCUGCUUCGAGGCAGGGAUCAAGCUUGUGGCCCUCGGUUUUGUUUUCCAUAAAGGUUCCUACCUGAGGAACGGCUGGAACGUCAUGGACUUCAUAGUCGUGCUCAGUGGGAUCCUGGCCACUGCUGGUGCCCACAUGAACAUCCCAGUCGACCUUCGAACCCUGAGGGCUGUGCGAGUGCUGAGACCUCUCAAACUCGUCUCUGGGAUCCCCAGCCUGCAGAUUGUGCUGAAGUCUAUCAUGAAGGCCAUGAUACCGCUGCUUCAGAUUGGCCUUUUGUUAUUCUUUGCUAUCCUCAUGUUUGCCAUCAUUGGUCUGGAGUUCUACAGUGGGAAGCUUCACCACACCUGCCUGCCAUCUGUUGACAUCCUUGACAAUGAGACUGUUGACUCAUCCGAGUUGGCAUUUGCAUGUGGAGUGAGGAAGUGUCCAGAGAAGUACGACUGCAACGACACCUGGAUCGGGCCCAAUGACGGCAUCACGCAGUUCGACAACAUCCUGUUUGCUGUGCUCACCGUCUUCCAGUGUAUUACCAUGGAGGGAUGGACGGCCGUCCUUUAUAAUACCAACGACGCCUUGGGUCCCACGUGGAACUGGAUGUACUUCAUCCCCCUCAUCAUCAUUGGCUCAUUUUUUGUCCUGAACCUGGUGUUGGGAGUCUUGUCUGGAGAAUUUGCCAAGGAGAGGGAGAGGGUGGAGAACCGGCGAGCCUUCAUGAAGCUGCGCCGCCAACAGCAGGUGGAAAGGGAACUGAAUGGCUACCGAGCCUGGAUAGACAGGGCAGAGGAGGUUAUGCUUGCAGAGGAGAAUAAAAAUUCAGGGAGAUCGCCGUUAGAUGUGCUAAAGAGAGCCAGUAAGAAGACUGGUGCACGGAGAGGAGCACCGGGGGACGACAAGUAUACAGACACGUCUACUGCCAGCAUGUCGCGAUCGAGGAUGAACUUCCGCAGCGGCCGCCGUGGCCCUGCUGCCUACCUGCGACGUAAAGAGCGCAUGUUACGCAUCUCCAUCCGCCGCAUGGUGAAGACAGACACUUUCUACUUGAUGGUGCUCAGUCUGGUGGCUCUGAACACUAUCUGCGUGGCCAUCGUCCACCACAACCAGCCUGACUGGCUGACCAUCUUCCUCUACUAUGCAGAGUUUGUUUUCCUGGGACUGUUUUUGGCAGAGAUGUUUCUGAAAAUGUAUGGUCUUGGUUUCCGGCUGUACUUCCAUUCAUCUUUCAACUGCUUUGACUGUGGGGUCAUUGUUGGCAGCAUCUUUGAGGUGGUUUGGGGCUUCUUCAGGCCUGGCAUGUCAUUUGGGAUCAGCGUACUGAGGGCACUGAGACUUCUGAGAAUUUUUAAGAUCACCAAGUACUGGGCCUCUCUCAGGAACCUGGUUGUGUCCCUCAUGAGCUCCAUGAAGUCAAUCAUCAGCCUGCUUUUUCUUCUCUUCCUCUUCAUCGUGGUGUUUGCUCUGCUGGGCAUGCAGCUUUUUGGAGGAAGGUUCAUCUUUGAAGAUUACACUCCCACCAACUUUGACACGUUUCCAGCUGCCAUCAUGACAGUGUUUCAGAUUCUGACUGGUGAGGACUGGAAUGAGGUGAUGUACAAUGGGAUUCGCUCACAGGGAGGUGUGCAGUAUGGCAUGUGGUCAUCGAUCUACUUCAUUGUGCUCACACUAUUUGGAAACUACACGCUGCUGAAUGUCUUCUUGGCCAUCGCUGUGGAUAAUUUGGCCAACGCACAGGAGCUGACAAAGGAUGAAGAGGAAGAAGAGGAGUUCUUCAACCAGAGAUAUGCCAGAGGCAGGGAUGGCUUGAUCUCUGAUGGGAGAAGAAGACCGUACCUAUACAGAAAACGGGCGAUCCACCGAGGUCGUCCAAACUUCCCAGAGGAGCCCGAGGGUGUGACAGUGGCCGCAGACGAGCAGCCUCUCAAUGGGUCCAACGCCUUCGCCAACCGCCGUGAGAGGAGGAGAAAAGUUAACAUGUCAGUGUGGGAGCAGAGAGCCAACCAGCUACGCAAACGUCGCCAGAUGGCAAGCAGAGAGGAGCUGUUUGGCAGCCCUACGGAGGACACCAUCGAAACUCCCACUAUUGCCCACCACGUUCCCACCCUUUCCCCAGAGGCCAGUCCAGCUCACCUGCCUGAGUCUCCCAUGUCUGUUGGGAUGCCCCUCCCCGAGCCUCCUAUGUCCAUCUCCAUCCCUAUCCCUGAGCCUCCGGCGGCUGAGCCUCUGGUUAACCUGAGCGAGGAGAAAACAGCAGGAGCUAACCACCGGACUGCAGGUGGAGGCAGGCACAGGAUAGCCCGCAAGUUCCGGCCCAGUCAGGGGCCGGAUGAAGGGGCCCGGCACAGACGCCACAGGCACCGCGAGGCUCGCACUGAGGCCAAGAGUCUGGACUGUAUGCAGUCGCCACAUGAGGUGCCACAAGUGAGACGGUCGCUCAGCCAGGAGAGGAAGAUACUGGAUGAGAAGGAAGACAGAGAGGAGAGAGAGAAAGCAGAGGUAGAAGGAGGGUCAGUCCAAGACGACUGUGGAACCUGCAUCAUCAACCCAUAUGCAGAAGUUAGAGAAGACUGUAGAAGAGCUGCUGUUCCGAGUGUCGACAUUCCUGAUCCUCCUCAAUGUGAGCAGCUGCUUGACUGCACCUGGUCAGAGCAGGGUGAAGGCGGGCACACAGACCAGUACGAGCCCCUGUGCCAAAACAUCCCGGUGGAGCCCGCUUUAGAGGCCACAGAGUAUUCUGUGAGCGCCAUCGAGUCAGAGAACCGCCAGGUCUCCAUCAAACGUGACAAGUCCAACCUGGAGGGAAGUGUGGCCAUCGAAAUGUCCGCACAACCGCUGCUGGAGCUCACACCCAUGACAGUGAACAGUAAAGAGUUGGAGGCGUACCAGUCCGAGCAGAAAGAGAAAGAGGAGGAGACGGAGGAGGAGGAACCUCCGAUUCCUACCAAACCUGUAGCUCCAGACAGCAUGUUCAUCUUCAAGGCCUCCAACCCUAUCAGAAGGAUCUGCCACUAUGUGGUCACUCUACGCUACUUCGAGAUGACCAUCCUCCUUGUGAUCGUGGCGAGCAGCAUUGCACUGGCCGCCGAGGACCCUGUGUGCACCAGCUCAGAUAGAAACAAGGUCCUCCGUUAUUUUGAUUAUGUCUUCACUGGAGUGUUCACCUUUGAAAUGAUCAUUAAGAUGAUAGACCAGGGUCUCAUUCUGCACGACGGCUCUUAUUUCCGAGACAUGUGGAACAUCCUGGACUUCAUUGUGGUGGUGGGAGCUCUGAUUGCCUUUGCUCUAACGAACAACAAAGGCCGAGACAUCAAGACAAUAAAGUCUCUCAGAGUUUUGAGAGUUCUGCGACCUCUUAAAACUAUCAAGAGACUUCCUAAACUCAAGGCUGUUUUUGAUUGUGUGGUUACGUCUCUGAAGAACGUCCUCAACAUCCUCAUCGUGUACCAGCUCUUCAUGUUCAUCUUUGCUGUCAUUGCGGUGCAGCUCUUUAAGGGGAAGUUCUUCUAUUGCACUGACAGCUCCAUGAAUACAGAGAAGGAAUGCCAAGGCUACUACAUUGACUACAGCAGAGACAAAAAGGAGGUGAAGAGAAGAGAGUGGAAGAGGCACGAGUUUCACUACGACAACGUCUGCUGGGCCCUCCUCACACUUUUCACUGUCUCAACUGGAGAGGGAUGGCCUCAGGUCCUGCAGCACUCGACUGAUGUAACAGAGGAGAACAUGGGGCCGAGUCGGGGAAAUCGAAUGGAGAUGUCCAUUUUCUAUGUGGUUUACUUCGUGGUCUUCCCGUUCUUCUUUGUCAACAUCUUCGUGGCUCUGAUCAUCAUCACUUUCCAGGAGCAGGGCGACAAGAUGAUUCAGGAGUGCAGUCUGGAGAAGAACGAGAGGGCUUGCAUCGACUUUGCCAUCAGCGCCAAGCCGAUGACCCGCUACAUGCCCCAGAACAGACAAACCUUCCAGUACAGACUGUGGCACUUUGUGGCAUCGCCCUCUUUUGAGUACACGGUGCUCGUCAUGAUCGCCCUCAACACUGUGGUCCUCAUGAUGAAGUACCACUCAGCCCCAACAGCGUACGAUACAGUCCUGAAACACCUAAACACAGCUUUCACUGUCCUCUUCUCCAUGGAGUGUAUACUGAAGAUUAUGGCAUUUGGUUUAGUGAACUACUUUCGAGAUACUUGGAAUAUUUUUGAUUUCAUCACUGUUCUUGGCAGCAUCACUGAGAUAAUUGUGGAUUUACAGUCGGUGAACACCAUCAACAUGAGUUUCCUGAAGCUUUUCCGAACAGCCAGGUUGAUCAAGCUGCUGAGACAGGGUUACACCAUCCGUAUCCUGCUGUGGACCUUCGUACAAUCGUUUAAGGCUCUUCCUUAUGUCUGUCUCCUCAUUGCUAUGCUUUUCUUCAUAUAUGCCAUAAUUGGAAUGCAGGUGUUUGGAAACAUCAAGCUGAAUGAUGAGAGUCACAUCAAUCAGCACAACAAUUUUAAGACAUUUUUCAGCGCACUGAUGCUUCUGUUCAGGAGUGCGACAGGAGAGUCCUGGCAGGAGAUCAUGCUCUCAUGUCUAUCAGGUCAGGAGUGUGAACCAGACCCCUCCAUCGCCCCCCUCACUCUGUCUCCAGACCAUGAGGGAGGCUGUGGGACUGACUUUGCUUACUGCUACUUCGUCUCUUUCAUCUUCUUCAGCUCGUUCCUGAUGCUAAAUCUGUUUGUGGCAGUGAUUAUGGAUAACUUUGAGUACCUGACGCGAGACUCCUCAAUCCUCGGUCCCCAUCACCUGGACGAGUUUGUCCGCAUCUGGGGGGAGUAUGAUCGUUUGGCAUGUGGUCGUAUCCACUACACAGCCAUGUACGAGAUGUUAACACACAUGUCGCCACCCCUGGGCCUGGGCAAAAAAUGUCCUGCGAAGAUCGCCUAUAAGAGGUUGGUGUUGAUGAACAUGCCUGUGGACGAGGACAUGACCGUCCACUUCACCUCCACUCUGAUGUCGCUCAUCCGCACAGCUUUGGACAUCAAAAUAGCUCGAGGUGGUGAGGACCGCAUCGCUCUGGACACGGAACUGCAGAAAGAGAUCAGUAUCAUUUGGCCCUAUCUGCCUCAGAAGACCUUGGACCUAUUGGUACCUAUCAACAAAGAUACGGACAUGACAGUGGGGAAGAUCUAUGCUUCGAUGAUGAUAAUGGACUACUUCAAACAGAACAAAGCCAAGAAGCUCAGGCAACAACUAGAAGCUCAGAAGAGUAACUUGAUGUUCAAGCGUCUAGAUGCCUCUACCCUCCCAGAGGACAUUCUCUCCAACACCCAGCCGCUGCCGAUGAUGGCUCACAGCGCUGGCUCAGCCCUGACCAGAGGAGGCUUUGUGGCUUUGAGCCCAAUCUCACCCCAGGAACUGUUUUUGCAGCCCAUGAGCUCCGACACUGAAGCAAGUCAACAGCAGAAUCUGCAGACGGAGGUUGCAAGCGGCUCCAUGAAGCGUUCAGCGUCCACUGUGGGGGAUCAGCGGGUGAAUGGUCUUUGGCAAGAGGAGAAAAGUCCUGAGCGAACGUAUCGACCUCGUCACAAAAGCUACAAGGCUGCUGUUUCUCGGUCUGAACACUGGCAGCAGGGCGACAGGGAGCGUGGCCGGUCUAAGGAACGCUGUCACCUCCUCUCUCCAGACACGUCUCGUUGUAAUUCAGAGGAAAGAAGCUUGCAGCCCUCACGAUCCUCCAGCGUAGAGAGAGCACACCCCCAAGAUAAACAGGGCAACAGCUCAGACAGUCCAGUGCCCUCCACCUCAGAGUCCAGCACCCCCAGUGGCAGACGACCAUUAUCGCAAACCCCGACCCGCUCUCGCCCUCACAUCUCCUACUCCCCGCUCGUGUGUCGCACGCAAGCCUCCGUCGGUGAAGACGAAGAUGAACAGGGCAGCCCGGAGACCAUGAGGCGGCGCAAGCCCAGCUGGGAGACCCAAGAGGGGGUCACAGGAGAGAGGUUGGCUGAGGCAGGCCAACACCCGUCCCCACCUCGACGCUACCCCUCUGAGCCAUUCCUGGCCUCACAAGAGGACGACCACAGCCCAGACCCGUCUGGUCCAAUGGAGACGUUGACCUUCGAAGCAGCUGUGGCCUGCAGCCUGGGACGCUCAAACACCAUAAGCUCAGCCCGCCCGCACUUGCGGACUGGCUGGCAGGUCCCCAACGGACACUUUCGGAAGCGUCUGGCGCAGACGGCCUCAGUUGCAGGCUGUGAUCCUCUAAGCGACACAGAGGAGGACGACAGGUGCUAGGGACAGGAGGCACGGCACGAAAGAGGAGGGGGGGAUCCCAGAGAGGUGUUAGAGGAGGACGCUGUACGACAGUGUACAGAGUGAAGGUCAAUUUGACUCUUUUUGCAUCAGUUCAUGGAGGCCAAGAGCCCUCUGGAUGCUUGGUCAAAUUUGAACCCAAAACAACGAAGAACAAUACUUCCUGAAACUGUAGUUGCCAAUUCACACAGAACACUGACAUUAAAUAAGGUCUAUUUCCUGACUUGUACUUGAUGAUAGAGAGUAAUAAUACAUCUCAAAUACUCCUGGGAUGAAGAAAAUAAAUGAAUGGAUCACAUUAUAUAAUUUUUGUCAGUAUAAGGUAUUUUCAUUUCUGAAGAUGUUUCUAAAUGAUUCAGUGUUGCUCUAAACAGUGUUUAUCUGUGGGGUGUGUGAAUAUGUAACUACAUUUUCUUAUAAAUUAAUUGUUUUGUAAAUAAAUUGUGAUCAUCACACCAUUGCCAUUUAUUAGAACAGAUUGAUACAAAAAGCCAUCAUGAAGAGGCGAUCUGAUACUUAACCAGACAAUGUGGAUAUUAAAACGUAAAACUCAAUAAUGCUGGAUUUUUUUACAGUAUGAAUGAAUGUGCGGGGGAGAAACUGCCUGAUUUUCCCCAGCAUUUUUCUUUUUGGUAUUGAACAUAAGAAGUUGUGAUAGAAGAAUACAGUUAGAGAAUAACAUAGAAAAGAUGCUUAUUUGUUAUUUCCCCCUGCGUUAUUGUUACAUCAUGCCUACUCCAAACCUCAAACCUUUAAAAUUCCUUAAUUAUUCUUCAAAACAGUCUACUACUUUUAUUUUUACCAGUCUACACCUUUUGAAUGAGAACUUUCCAACAAUUAUAUUUAACAUUUGAUUUUGAAAAUUUUUGGGCGUGUAAUUUUACCAUGACCUGAUAUGAAAACAAAUGAUCUUUCAUCCAUGAUCUUGUAACUCUUUCCCUUUUUCUUCCUUGUGAAUAUUGUAUGAACCACUGCAGACAAUGACUGUAGAAACACUGUAAACACAUCAUGACACAUUUUGCAUCAUCAUCAAUUAACAUCAAUCUGUUGCUUACUAAUAAUGUACAGAGAAAUUAUGCUGUUUGUAACAUUUAGAGAAAAAAAAUAAUAAACAGUAUCAGUUGAUGAGCUUUAAAGGUAAAGGAAUAUUUGAAAAUGUUCAUUUUAAGGUUUGUGUAUUUGUUUUAUUUGCCUAAAGACGGCCAAUUCUGUGAAACUCACUUAACCAAAAACAUGGAGAUUUGUAUCAUAAAUUCCUGGAAUGCAAAUACUUUGUGGGUUUUUAUGUGUACAAUAGCUGUAUAUACAAAUAAAGG